CUCCAUGAGCUGAUCCCCGCGGUGGUGACCUGCAUCGUCAGCCGCCAACUCUGCCUCCGCCCGGAUGUGGACAACCACUGGGCACUCCGGGACUUUGCCGCCCGCCUCAUGGCACAGAUCUGCAAGAACUUCAGCACCACCACCAAUAACAUCCAGUCGCGUAUCACCAAAACCUUCACCAAGAGUUGGCUGGAUGACAAGACCCCCUGGACGACCAGGUACGGCUGCAUCGCAGGAUUGGCUGAGCUCGGCCACGAUGUGAUAAAGACCCUGAUCAUCCAGAGGCUGCAGAUUGAAGGGGAGCGAAUCCGAGCUGUACUCGAGGGACCUGUCGUCAGUAAUAUCGACAAGAUUGGAGCGGAUCACGUCCAGAACCUCUUACUGAAACAUUGCGCGCCGGUCGUGGCGAAGAUCCGGUCUCCUCCGGACAACCAGGAGUCCUACAAGGUGGACUACGGGUACCUGGGCCCCAUGCUAUGUACCCACGUGGUGAAGGCCCGUGCCCAGGCAGCGAUGCAGGCCCAGCAAGUGAACCGGACCACCCUGACCAUCACCCAGCCUCGGUCCACGCUGACCAUAUCGCAGUCCCCACAGACGUCGCGGGCUCCCAGCAUCAUCAAGGUGCCCAGCUCCAUCACGCUGCCCAUGCAGACUCUGGUCUCUGCCCGGCCGUCCACCCCGACUCAGGCAUCGCCCCCGGCCACCAAGUUCAUCAUGAUGUCUUCGGCGUCCGGCUCGUCCAGCACGCAGCAGCCAAGACCCACGCUGACGAUCUCCCAGAGCCCACAGUCGUCGCAGCCCUCCACCAGUCCCAGCAUCUUCAAGGUCCCGAGCUCCAUCACGCUGCCAAUGCAGACCCUGCUCACCCGGCCAUCCACCCCGACCCAGUCGUCCCCAUCUCCGACCAACUACAUUGUGAUGUCCUCCAGCUCUACCUCCCCCAGCACUCAGCAGGUGAUCACACUGAGGACAACUCCAUGUGGGACAGGCAGUACGUCACCGGUCACCACCACGGUGGCCAGCAUUCAGCCGAUCGUCAAGCUGGUGUCUACCUCUCAGACUGCGCCCAGCAGCACAGUGACUGGCAGCACCCAGAAAUACAUAGUGGUGUCGCUGCCCUCCACGUCAGAAAGCAAGAGCCAGUCCAGUAACAACUCCUUACAACAGCACUCGCCCAAGUGAGGGAGGGAGGGAGGGAGCAUUGUGGGGGAGACGGGGGAAGAAGGCAACAAAGCAAUGGUUUGCCUGUCUCCCCACUGACGUGACAGACUCGCCUCUGUCUGCUCCCCCCGGCAGCUUCUCUCUCUCUCUCUUGCCCCUCCCUCAGCGCUGACUGAGGAGGAGUGGGCGGCAAUGCCGAUGGGAGCAGUGAGGGAAUCUCCAAGCUGCACGUGGGUCUGAGGGGAGCGGGUCCACAUUGGGAGGAAAAUGAAGCUGCCAAUCCCAGUUACCCACUCUGCCUGCCUGUGUGUGUGCCUGUCUGCCUGUGUGUGCGUGCGCCUGUCUGCCUGUGCGUAUGUAUGUGCGCGCCU